AUGGCGGGGGGGCGCGAGAAGGAGAGCAAGAAGGGCAAGAAGAAGAAGAAGAAGGGGAAGGGCGGAGGUGGAGGCGCUGGGCCGUCGCGGGAGCCCGAGGAUGAGGCAGCGCUGGCGGCGGGGGAGGAGGCGGAGUUGGCGGCGGCGCUCGAGGAGAGCGCGAGGCUGGAGGAGGAGAGGCAGGCGCCCGACGAGCAAGCGUCGUCCUCUUUGGCUGCAGAGAGGCCGCCUUCGGUGGAGGAGGAGGAGCCGCCGGACGACUUCGUCUGCCCGAUCACGACCGAGGUGAUGAGCGACCCGGUGAUGGCGGCGGACGGGCAUGCUUACGAGCGGACGGCGAUCGAGCGCUGGCUCGCGACCAAGUCGACCAGCCCGCUGACGGGCGGCGAGCUCGAGCACAGCAUCCUGGUCCCUAGUCACAUGCUGCGCCGGAUGAUCCGGGACUGGGAGGGGGCGCGCAAGGCAGCGUGA